UUUCUUAACUUGAUUUUCCUAGUAUCAAGUCUGGAAUGUAAUGCUUGUAGAAGUUCAACCUCGUGGGAGGAUUGUAAAGUUUCACAGGAAAAGUGUCUUCCCCAACAAAACCAAUGCAUCAAGGUCUACUUUAAGUAUGGCGGAAGUGAAAUAUUCUCCAAGGGCUGUGCUCGUGAGCUCUCUUGUGGGAGCUCAGAAAAUCCUACCUGUGGAGAAACCCCUGGCUCUGAUUUCACUUGUGAUAUCACCUGUUGCAAUGACAAAUACCCCAUUCACACCAGCAAAACAUGUUUUGUUAAACUGGUUUUCAUUGAAUGAAAAUUAUAAACAGAGCACUGAAAAACUUGAUUUUCCAUUGGAUUCAAGUACUUGCUAACUUGCAUUUCCAAUGUGCUACAUUCAAGUCAAAAAUAUUCGGUUAAAUAGUUUCUAAAAAGAAAAAAAAAAUUAAACUGUGUUUAACAAAACAACUUUUAAAUAUGUUUAAGCUUUGGUGUGAAUGUGGCAAAAGACAACUGUAACGCAGGCUCAGCCCUAUCUUUCAGCAGUUUCUUAUUCUUGGCAUGCGCAUCGGCGUCAUUAAUGUUUUACGUAAAAUUUUGA